AUGUCCACAGCGGACACAGCCGAUGCAAGCGACGUGCCCCCCGUGGUACGUGACUUGCUUCGCAUCUCUCUCAACGCCAAGGAAUAUCGCUUCCUUCACAAAGCCGCCCUCUCGCGCUUUCCGCCAGCUCUGCAGAACAAGCUCCCCUCGCCAUCACGAUACGAUGCCCUAGCCCGUCCCAGAAAUAAGCACAGCGAAGCCGCGGUCCGCGCGUCGUUGCGGGUGUUCUUGGGGUCGGGUCUGGCGCUCAAGUUGACAGAUUUGCUUCUUGCGAGGAAUAUCCUUGUUAUCUUGACAUCAACCUACUUACACGUCUAUCUUUGUUUUUUUAGGUCAAAAACACGCACCCCUCUCCUCCGCUCCCCAAACUUUCGUCUCUCCAUCUCCCUCUCCCUCCUCCUCCUCAUCCACCGAAUCCUCUACCGCUUCCUCGUCCGACUACGCGCGAACCUGCGCACGGAAGAUGCCCGUCCCUUCUGUGAGCGAAACCCACGGAUCUCGCGCGCGUUAACCUCGCGCUUCGCCCCUGCCGUCGGAGCCAGUCUGGCAGGUUUCGCGCUGGGCAUCUGUCCGCAGGACCAGCUCCGUCUCACGGUGGCUAUCUACACCAGCACGCGCAGCUUGGAGUUCCUCUUUAAUGUACUAGAUGAGAAGGGUUAUUUGGAUAAGCGGCCCUGGUGGUUCGGCAGCUGGCUGCUUAUGCCCGUGUCGUGUGCGCAGCUGUUCCAUGCUUUUGUGUUUGAUCGGGAGACUACACCUAAGUGGUUCGGUAAUGUCAUUCUGAAGCUCUCGCCGAGCUAUAUCCAGAGCCGACCGGAGUCGUUGCCCAGCAAUGUGCCCUGGCCGGAGAAGGAGGAGAUUGUGGACUCGCUUGCUUCUAUUGCGGAUUUGCGCUGGCCCGCAUUUGUGUCUCCCAUUCUGCACCCCGGAGACCCCAACACCCUGCCGUCCUUGGUCAAGGCCAUCUCCCCAAUCACCGGCCCAGCUCAUCCCUCGAUCUCGAAUCUGUCCUGUGCGUUGCUGCACCCUAAUGUCCCGACCUGCAGCACGGCCUUCCUGCAUCACAUCCUCCUGUCAGUGCCGAAGCUGGCUCGGUUCCUCACGGCGGUGACCCUAGCCCUGAGCAUCCCCCGCAUCAAGACGAUUCUGACCCAACCGAUCACCUCGGUGAACACCAUAUCCAAGCGGAUCAUAACCCUAACGGCCGUGCUCUCCGCAGCGGUUGGCUCUGCCUGGGGCAGCGUCUGCCUCCUGAACAGCUCCCUGCCCCGCUCGACACUCCCAACCAAACGUUUUUUCCUCAGCGGUGCGAUUGGUGGACUGCCCUUCCUGUUCUUUAACAGCCGCGGUACCUUCCUGUACUUCUUCCGGGCGGCCGUGGACUCCGCUUACAAAACGGGCGUCAAGCGGGGCUUGUGGAAGGGCGGAAAGGCCGGUGAGCUGACGCUGUUUGUGCUGUCGUGGGCACUGAUGGGAUCUAUUCUGGAGGUGAGACCGUCGGCAGUUCAGGGCGGUGGGCUGCGGAAGGGCUUGGCCUUUUUGCGGGGAGAUGGGUUCGCUGAUCCAGUCGAAAAAGCGAACCGUAAGGCACGUCGGGGGAAGAAAGCCGAGGAGAAGACGGGGUAG